AUGCCAGGAGGGCACACAGAAGGUGUCUGCCGCCUUCCAUUCCAGCGUUUGGCCUCCGACUUCCGAGCGACCCUUGCCGGUGGUGACAUGAUAAACAGCGGACAGGGUGUCUUGCCGGCGCGAAGACGACGUGCUCGCAUUCAGCCUCUCUAUAUAGCGCUGUGUGGCCUAAUUGCCCUCCGUCCCAUCCAACCGAGCCUUCAUCUGGUCUCAGGGAAAGACAAUGGGAGAGCCAGACGUGUCGACAUCCUCGGCCUGGGAGCGAGGCUCGCUAAAGUGCUCGACAAAAUGGACCGGAAAGUGUCGGAAGUUGGGCAGAUCCAGGCCGUCCAGCCAGAUCAUCGUGCCGCUGCCAUCCUUGCCAUGGUCAUGGUAGUUCCCGGAAUCAUUACCGCGCCCUCGAGCUGCCUAGCUCUAUCAAGGCGGGUGCGGUCCACAUUAAUUCCAUGA